UGUGUCUCAAGUGGGAUAUGUGUCACAUUAGUGCAGGCAUCGAGUCAGUCGCUCCUGCCAUAUUGGCAACAUCACCAUUCACUGCCGCUGAUAGAACUAACUACAGUCAGCAGCUGAGAUGAUCCACAGUCUGUUCCUGAUUAAUCACACGGGAGACAUCUUCCUGGAGAAACACUGGAAGAGUGUCAUCCACAGGAGCGUAUGCGACUACUUCUUCGAAGCUAAGGAGAAGGCGUUGGUUCCCGAAAAUGUACCUCCUAUCCUGCAGACCCCACAUCACUAUCUCAUCAGUAUAUACAGAGGAAAGCUUUUCUUCCUCUCUGUCAUCCAGACCGAAGUGCCUCCGCUGUUUGUCAUUGAAUUCCUGCACAGAGUCGCAGAUACACUUCAGGACUACUUUGGAGAAUGCUCCGAAGGGGUCAUCAAAGACAACCUGGUGACUGUUUACGAGAUUUUGGAAGAGAUGCUCGACAACGGCUUUCCCCUGGCGACAGAGUCCAACGUCCUUAAGGAGAUGAUUAGGCCUCCCACCAUCCUGAGAUCCGUAGUCAAUACUCUGACAGGGGGGAGCAAUGUUGGAGACAUGUUACCAAUAGGUCAACUGUCUAGUAUUCCCUGGAGGCGGGCUGGUGUUAAAUACACGAACAAUGAAGCAUACUUCGAUGUGAUUGAGGAAAUAGAUGCUAUUUUGGACAAAUCAGGUUCUACAGUAUUUGCAGAGAUCCAGGGUGUGAUAGAAGCCUGCGUGAGACUCUCAGGAAUGCCUGACCUUAACCUGUCUUUCAUGAACCCUCGUCUUCUCGACGACGUCAGCUUUCACCCGUGUGUGCGGUUUAAGCGCUGGGAGUCGGAGCGUGUCCUCUCUUUCAUACCGCCCGAUGGCAACUUCACCCUCAUGACUUAUCACGUCAGCGCUCAAAAUCUGGUGGCCAUUCCUGUGUACGUGAAGCAGAACAUCAGUUUCUUGGAGACCGGCUCCUGCGGUCGUCUGGACAUCACAAUAGGACCCAAGCAGACCAUGGGGAAGACGGUAGAGGGCUUAAUGGUGACCAUCCACAUGCCGAAAGCGGUGCUGAGUGUGAACCUCACAGCCACGCAGGGAAGCUACACGUAUGACGUCGCCACCAAGGUGUUGGUCUGGGACAUCGGGAAGCUGAACCCGCAGAAGCUCCCUAACUUGCGAGGUAGCCUGAACGUGCAGGCGGGAGCGCCAAAACCCGAGGACAACCCUUCGCUCAACAUCGACAUGAAGAUACAGCAGCUGGCCAUAUCCGGCCUGAAGGUGAACCGUCUGGACAUGUACGGAGAGAAGUACAAACCCUUUAAAGGGGUCAAGUAUCUGACGAAAGCUGGGAAAUUCCAAGUGCGCACCUGAAUAAAUGACCGGCAGGGGCCAACGUUCAACAAUCAAGAUCCAAACCUCAUUAUGGAUAAUGAAUAAUUUAGCAUUCUAACAGUUAUUUAUUAUCAAGUGUCAUGGCAUUACAUGUUUUGUGUUUACGCCAAGCUGCUUGUUGAAGGGAAACCUUAAUAAUAACAAAAUGUGACUUUUCCACAUGUCUGAUGAAGGGAUUGUACAUGGACACCGAGAUCACACAAUCAUGUUUGUCAACCUGUUGAAAUAUUUUGCUCAUGUCGCCUCGAAGCCUUUUUGCUUAUAAUUUUUCUACUUAUACGAAAAAGAUACACUGUCUUUAGCGCAGACAUUGUUGCGCGCACACCUUCACUCUAAUGUGGCCUUGUAAGACGCCUUAAGGUGCUGUCUUCAGGUCUUUAUAACACAAUCUACGUGAGAUAGGUUUGCCUUGAGUGUUAUCUGCACAUCCGUAUGUCCGGUUGUGAUUGGCUGUGCGUCAGCUGAAAAAAAGCGAUUGCCA